AUGCCUGAUCACAAGCUGCUGACUUUACGGCCCGAAAUGAUUGACCCGCGUUAUGACAAUACGGACAUCGUCUAUAUAAAUGAGGCCAACUGGGCGACCGACAGCUUGGCAUUGAGUGAUCCCAAAGCCUUUUUUCGCUUUUAUACAAGAGGCAUCACCCAGUACGCGCAUUUCCUUCUUCGUCAGGUGCCUUCCACGCUUAAGGCGAAGAUGGACGUUAACAAGUUCCUGGACACAUUUUCAAUGGAGGUUGAUGCAAAGACUCGAGCUGCAUUUAUUCCUUAUCUUGCUGGAAAGAAGAAGGGAGGGGCUGGUAGUGACUCUGACUCUGAUGAGGAGCCCGCAGCAACUGGUGAUAUUGAAGCAGUCAUCGUGCCUGCUAAGCCAAGUGGUCGACCUUUACCUAAGAAAAAUUCCAAGAAGCGUCCUCGAACUAACUUACAGCCCAAUUUGGAUGCUUCUCAACCAAAGAAGAUGUGCAAGGAUUAUGCAACUGAGGUUGGGUUACAAGAUAUGCUGAAAACUAUCGGGCGUACUCAGACAAUCGAUUUAUCGACCAAGACUAAGCGUCGCAGCAAGCGUUUGGCCACUAGACAUGAAUCCUCGGACACAGACAAUGAGCAAGAAUACUUGGGCCUCGUUGGUGGUGGCCAUGAUAAUGGUGAUGAUGGAAUGGAUGUAGAUUUGUCUGGUGCACAGAAGGGUGUAAGGUGUAGCAGUCGCCUUGGUGGAAAGUCGGGUGUAUCGUCUCACAUCGAGCAGCAUGUUUCUGAUGGCUAUGAGCCUGACGAGGAUGACGAUGAUGAAGACAACUAUGAUCAAGAGCCCAGGAACACUGAACAGACACCUCAGACUCGAAAGAAGAAACAACCUUCACACAAAGUCUUGGCAUCUUUCUAUGUUUCUGAUGAAUCUGUAGAAGAGGGAGAGCAAGACCAAAUAAACAGUGACCAAGUGACAGAAAGUGAAAAUGAUUCAGACACUGAUGACACUGUUCAUGCGGCGGUGCUCUCACUCUUCAAAAAGUGGAACAUCAAGGCAUCUCAUUCAGAAUUCAGUAAUAUUCUCCAAGGCAUUCAACAGCAGUCUCAUCAAAAAUACGUCACUGCUCAGCAAAAGCUCACUCGUUUCCUUAACAAGUUCAAUGGUCAGCAGCGUCCCAAUGCUCAGUUUGCAGUUUCCAUCUCUCAAAUAUGGGAGUCAAUGGAGGUUCUCUCUAUCAAAGGCAAAGCCAUCUCAUUGGAGAACAUUCUUGCGCAGAAGCAGAUUAUGCUGUCUAAUGGUGUUGCCUGGAAUUGGCUGAACAUCAUCUGUCUCCGGCGUUGUCAGAAACUCUUUGAACCUCUUCAUGCAAGGAAACUUGUAACCUCAUCCGAUUGGUUUACCUCUCUUACUAUCAAGAUCUACCAGCACUUCGAGAUUUCUCGCCGCUCCAGUGACACACUAAAUCCCUCGACUUAUCUUCCUGGUCUUUCAAAGUCAAUUCAACCUUGGAAGUUGCCUGUUAAUGCUCUUAAUGGUGAUGAGCUGGAGACUCGUGUUCUCAGCACACUGCGCUCAGUCCUAUGCAGUUGGCUUGGUUAUCCAAAUGAUACCUCGAUGAUGCGAGGUGUCUUCGUGACUCAGAUCAUACAGACAUUUCAUUCUGAGAAUGUUUUACUCCUUCAAGGCGUAUGGUGCAUAUAUUCUGAAAUCAAGGCGAAGGUCUUGGGUCCUUCUUUCAAAGGAUUGCGUCCACACUCCCUAUGCCCUAAUAUGCUGGAUACAAUCUUUGACAAGCUCUCCAGCCUGCCACUUGCUAGCCUGGAGUCCAAGGAACAUUCUUUGUUGGAAGACAUAGGAGAUUUGGUGAAGAAGGCCCUGGAGCUCAUUUCAUACCCUGGUGGUAAACCCACUGCCCCUACACCAGUAGCGACUUCCAUUCCUUCUGGAACUGCAUCCACCUCUCAGAUUCCAACCCACCAGGGACUCCAAAGCCUUCUUGACUUUGUGUUGGAGCUGAUUCCUCUGGUGGAUUCUACAACAGCAUUUCCUUCCACUAGAAUCCAAUCGCUUGUACUCCAACAGCUUGACAAGCGUCUUCCCUUCUGCAAACAAUAUCGACAAGCCUGGUGCAUUUGCAAGGUCAGAAUGCCAGAUGUCGAUGAGAUGGCCAAGGUGGUUGCUCAUGUGGAGAAGGGUGCUAUUGUUGGUCUAUCUCUUUGUUCAUUGACAUCUGCAGGAUCUAGUGUGGAAGAAGUUGAAGAGGCAUUUAAGAUGACAUACUCAUUUGUGGACGCUCAUCUCACUGUUGAACAGAAGAAACCUAUUGGAUUUGAUCCAAUUAUGACAGAACAUUUGCUCUGUAAGUUCCAGUGA